AUGGCCACAAUUGAAGAAGCUAGAAAGUGUGUGGAAGAAAAAGACUACACCAAGGGUGAAGAAAUAUAUUUGUCUUUGUUGAAAAGUAACGAAUCUCAAGGAAAGAACAAAUCUCAAUCGCAGGAACAAUGUAUUCUGGAAUUGGGACACCUAUAUGGACUCGCCCACGAGCAGGAUAAGCUGGCCAAGUUUAUUCCUCACGCUAGGAACUUGAUGAUGCAGACAGCCAAAUCAAAAACCGCAAAGGUGCUGAAAUCGCUAAUUGACCAAUUCGAGUUGAUCCCUAAUUCGCUAGACCAGCAAAUUCAGGUCUGUAAAGAAAGUAUCGAGUUUGCAGCUAAGGAAAGACGUGCAUUUCUCAAACACUCCCUUUCGAUCAGGCUUGCCACUCUAUACUAUGAGAAAAAUCAGUAUAACGACUCUUUGCAGCUAAUCAACGACCUGUUGCGAGAAUUUAAGAAGCUAGACGACAAAUCGUCCCUUGUCGAUGUUCACUUGCUAGAAUCAAAAGUUUAUCACAAGCUGCGGAACCUGGCAAAAUCUAAAGCCGCUUUAACGAGUGCCAGAACGUCUGCGAAUGCAAUUUAUUGUCCCACGUUGACAAUGGCGGAGUUGGACUUGAUGAGUGGUAUAUUGCAUUGCGAAGACAAAGAUUACAAAACUGCUUUCUCCUAUUUUUACGAAUCCUUUGAAAGCUAUCAUAACCAGUCUUCGAAUUCCCAAGACAAGGCAUGCCAAGUUUUGAAAUACAUGUUACUAUCCAAAAUUAUGUCAAAUUUGAUCGAUGAGGUGAACACUAUUCUGAAUGCAAAAUACACGAAGGAAAGUUAUCAGUCUCGUGGAAUAGACGCGAUGAAGGCAGUAGCUGAGGCAUAUUCUCACAGAUCUCUGCUCGAGUUCAAUCGUGCCCUCAAACAAUAUGAAAAGGAACUUAUGGGUGAUUCUUUGAUUAGAUCUCAUUUCAACGCUCUUUAUGAUACCCUACUUGAAUCAAACCUUUGCAAGAUCAUAGAGCCAUUUGAUUGCGUUGAAGUUUCUCAUAUUGCUAAAAUGAUUGGUUUAGAUGCCCAACAAGUGGAAGGUAAGCUUUCACAAAUGAUUCUAGACAAGGUAUUUUUUGGGGUAUUGGACCAAGGGAACGGAUGGUUGUAUAUCUAUGAAACACCUCAGCAAGACGCGACUUAUGAUUCCUCUCUAGAAUUAAUUGGGCAAUUGAACAAAGUCGUCGAAUUGUUAUUUGAGAAGGCAAGUGUUCUGAACUAA